UCUCUCUCCCGCCGGCCCUCGUGAGCGGCUCAGCUUUAACGACGCUGUAGCUCGGACGCGAUGGCUGCUGUAAAGGCGCUUAACCCCAAAGCGGAGGUGGCCAGAGCUCAGGCCGCACUGGCCGUGAACAUUAGCGCCGCCCGAGGACUUCAAGAUGUUUUGAGGAGUAACCUCGGACCGAAAGGGACCAUGAAAAUGCUUGUGUCCGGUGCAGGAGACAUCAAGCUCACCAAAGAUGGCAAUGUUCUGCUGCACGAGAUGCAAAUCCAGCAUCCCACUGCAUCUUUGAUUGCUAAGGUGGCCACAGCCCAGGACGACAUCACCGGGGAUGGCACAACAUCCAAUGUUCUUAUAAUUGGAGAGCUACUGAAACAGGCAGACCUUUACAUUUCAGAGGGACUCCACCCCAGAAUAAUUGCUGAAGGCUUUGAAGCUGCUAAGGACAAGGCCCUGGAGGUGCUGGAAGAGGUGAAGGUGACCAAGGAGAUGGAUCGAGAGACCCUCAUUAAUGUGGCCAGGACCUCACUGAGAACCAAGGUCCAUGCAGAGUUGGCUGACCUGCUCACAGAGGCUGUGGUCGAUGCUGUGCUGGCCAUCAAGAAACCAAACGAGCCUAUUGACCUCUACAUGGUGGAGAUCAUGGAAAUGAGGCACAAAACAGAGAGUGAUACACAACUGAUCAGAGGUUUGGUGUUGGACCAUGGAGCUAGACAUCCGGACAUGAAGAAGAGAGUGGAGGACGCUUACAUCCUGACAUGCAACGUCUCUUUGGAAUAUGAGAAAACGGAGGUGAACUCUGGCUUCUUUUAUAAGAGUGCUGAUGAGAGAGAGAAACUGGUGAAAGCUGAGAGGAAAUUCAUUGAGGAACGUGUCCAGAAGAUCAUUGCACUCAAGAACAAAGUGUGUGCUGACAAUGGCAAGGGCUUUGUGGUCAUCAACCAGAAGGGUAUUGACCCAUUCUCUCUGGAUGCUCUGGCCAAAGAGGGAAUCGUGGCUCUGCGCAGGGCGAAGAGGAGGAACAUGGAGCGACUAACUCUAGCCUGUGGUGGGGUUGCAAUGAACUCUGUGGAUGACCUCACUCCAGAAUGCUUGGGUCAUGCUGGUCUUGUCUAUGAAUACACACUGGGUGAGGAGAAGUACACAUACAUUGAGAAGUGCGGAAACCCUCGUUCUGUGACGCUCCUGAUCAAAGGCCCCAACAAACACACCCUAACACAGAUCAAGGAUGCUGUAAGAGAUGGCCUACGCGCAGUGAAAAACGCCAUUGAAGAUGGUAGUGUCAUUGCAGGAGCAGGGGCAUUUGAGGUUGCUGUGGCAGACGCUCUGGUGAAGCACAAGCCAAAAGUGAAGGGCCGGGCUCAGCUGGGUGUGCAAGCUUUUGCUGACGCUCUGCUUAUCAUCCCUAAAGUCCUGGCUCAGAAUUCUGGCUAUGAUCCACAGGAGACUCUUGUGAAGCUGCAGACUGAAUUUAAAGAGUCUGGUCAGCUCAUUGGUGUGGAGUUGAGUACAGGUGAACCCAUGCUUGCUGGGGAGGCUGGUGUUUGGGAUAACUACAGUGUUAAAAAGCAGCUCCUUCACUCCUGUACGGUUAUUGCUAGUAACAUCCUCCUGGUAGAUGAGAUCAUGAGAGCUGGAAUGUCUUCCCUCAAAGGACAAAAUCAAGCAUGAUAAAAACCUGCAGGAUGAAGAGAGGCUGGAGAUGGCCUGUAGCUCAGCGCCCAGACGCCUCGAGUUCUGUGCUAAGCGCAUCCUGUCUGGAUUCAUACAGCGACAGCAAACACCUCUCAUUGUGUCAGGUCAUUCUGUGUCCAGUAGAGUUUUAUGCCCCCAUGGAACUGUCGCUCUUCCACUGAUCAAUUGGGUUAUUUAUGAGAUUUUGUUAAAAGGCACUGAACUGCAAUACAUACUUUUUCUUUGUACCCAUUAAACGUUUUGGUUCAUGAAAA